AUGCAAAUCGUUUGGCGAAACUCUAUCGACGACGGUGCCUAUGAAGAUGCUCGUGUUGGGCGCGUCUUUAACUAUCGUCGGCCGCAGCGGUUUCCAUUAGCCGUCGUGAAAGCCACAUGUCAAGAUGACAUUGUUGAUGCGGUCAAACUGGCAGCAGAGAAAAAUUGUCGAGUCGCUGUUCGAUCUGGUGGACACUCAUGGGCGGCGUGGAGUGUCCGGGAUAAUUCAAUCUUGAUUGACCUGGGGAACUACAAGGUCCUGGAAGUCGAUGAGCAUAAUCAGCGGGCAGUCGCUUCACCAAGCACAACUGGGAGAGAACUCAACUCUGUUUUGACUCAACAAUAUGGGUUGAUGUUUCCUGGGGGUCAUUGCCCCGACGUGGGUCUAGGCGGGUUUUUGCUUCAAGGAGGCAUGGGGUGGAACUGCCGUACCUGGGGAUGGGCCUGUGAGCGGGUGGAAGCUGUUGAUGUAAGCUUUAUUGGGCUGCGCGAGGUGCUGGACCAGGUGAGCCCUAUGACGAUUGCUAUCUACUCACAGCUUACAAGAUCGGAACCAGGGUUUCCCGGAGUGGUUACAAAGUUUCACCUCAAUCUCCUUCCAUAUCCUGAGAAGGGGUUCCGCUCAUCUGGCUAUAUUUAUCCUAUUCGCCUGUAUCGAGAAGCGUUCCAGUGGAUUCUGUCCAUCACGCCUACGUUCGACCAGGAUACCGAAAUAGCAGCUGUAGCCCACUAUCCAGAGAACAGUGAGGAAAUUUGCCUCUUCAUUCUCUUUGUUGUAAUGAAGCACGACCCUACCGAAGCGGAGAGAGCACUUCGCCCAGCCCACCAGACACGUCCCGCUGGAGCUCUCACAGAAUGGUUUUGCGAGGAAGAUAGUCUACAGAACCAGUACAGCAAGCAGGCAAAUGCUAACCCCGAGAAGCAUCGAUACUGCGCGGACAAUGCAUAUCUAUUCAAUGAUGCUGACGUCCCCGCUGUUUUAGAGGAGGCUUUCACAACUCUUCCUCACAAGAAAGCGUUCUCGUUGUGGUACGCGAUGAAUCCCUGCAGUCGGCGAGAAUUGCCGGAUAUGGCUCUCAGUAUGCAAUCCGACCAUUACUUUGCCUUGUAUACGGUUUGGGAAGACGAGGUUGAUGAUACCCGAUGUCUGGAGUGGGUUCGAGGUGUCAUGAAAAACGUCGAACGACAUUCAGUGGGAGCAUACUUAGGCGAUUCAGAUUUUCAAGUCCGGAAAAGCAAAUACUGGUCUGACCAAAAUGCUGCCCGCCUGAUGGAAAUUCGGAAGAAGUGGGAUCCGGAGGGGAGGAUCUGUGGGUAUUUGGACAAGGGAGAUCUGUCCGGCGCCGAGGGACUUGACAACGCUAACCAGUGGGAAAUAUGA